GCUAAACUAAUUAAAAUAACUGAGGAAAACAAACAAGGUAAAUAGGUUAGCUAUCUAAGCUAACCGCAGUAACUGUGGUAAGUGAGCUAAGCUAUUGAAGUUAAUGGGGUAAGCGAGCUAGCUAGCUAAGCUAAUUGAAAUAGCUAUGGUAAGUAAGAUAACCUAAUUGAAGUAACUGGGGUAGCCGAGCUAGCUAGCUAAGCUAAUUGAAGUAACUGGGGUAAGUGAGCUAGCUAGCUAAGCUAAUUGAAAUAGCUAUGGUAAGUAAGAUAACCUAAUUGAAGUAACUGGGGUAGCCGAGCUAGCUAGCUAAGCUAAUUGAAGUAACUGGGGUAAGUGAGCUAGAUAGCUAAGCUUAUUAAAGUAGCUAUGGUAAGUGAACUAAGCUAAUGAAAGUAACUGGUGUAAGUGAGCUAGCUAGCUAGGCUAAUUUAAGUAACUGGGGAAAACGAACUAGGUAAGUGAGCUAGCCAACUUAAGUAUCUUUUUUAAGUGAGCUAGCUAGCUAACUGAAUUAAAUAGGGUAAAUGAGCUAACUAGCUAAGCUACUUGAGAUAACCGGGGCAAGUGAGCUAACUAGCUAAGCUAUUUGAAGUAAUUGGGGUAAGUGAGCUAGCUAGUUAAUCUAACUGAAGUAACUGGUGUAAGUGAGCUAACUAGCUAAGCUAAUUUAAGUACUUGGGCUAAGUAAGCUAGCUAGCUAAGCUAACUGAAGUAACUGGGGCAAGCUAACUAGCUAGCUAGGCUAACUCUGGUAACAUAGGAAAACGAACUAGCUAACUGAAGUAGGUAGUUAACUAGGUUAACUGUGAAAAGCUAAAUAUCCAGCUAAGCUAACUCAGUUAGCAUUAGCACACGGCUGUGUGUUUUUAGCAGCAGAAGCUAACUAACUGCAGUCCGGGUAAAACACAGAUCCACACGGAGCGGCCCGGUUACCGGGCAGAACCCUGAUCUGUGAGCGAUGCCAGCCCGCAAGAGAAAGCUCCUCUCCCCUGACCCAGUUUCAGAACCGUCAGAACCAGAACCCAGGCGGGCGCUGCAGCAGACCCGCCCGGAGGAGAGCGGCAGAAUCGCGGGGACGGACCGGGAGGAGCUCCGGAGUGUGUAUUUCCCCAUUAAACCCGAACCUGCAGCCGAAACUGGACCCAAAACUGGACCAGAACCUGGAGGCCGGCUGGGCUUUACCUUCUUCAACCAGCCGUGUGUGGAUUUAGCCCGAGCCUUUCUGGGGAAGGUGCUGGUGCGCACACAGGCUGAUGGGACGGAGCUGAGGGGACGGGUGGUGGAGACGGAGGCGUAUCUGGGUGGAGAGGACAGGGCGUCUCACUCUGCUGGGGGAAAAAGGACGGAGAGGAACGUCGCCAUGUUCAUGAAGCCGGGCACCAUCUACGUUUACCCCAUCUACGGCAUUUACCUGUGCAUGAACGUCUCCAGCCAGGGGGAGGGGGCAGCAGUGCUGCUGCGUGCUCUGGAGCCGCUGCAGGGUCAGAACGUCAUGAGGAAACUUCGGGAAGCUAAACGUCGAGAAGGAGCCAAAACCCUGAGGGACCGGGAGCUCUGUAACGGCCCGUCCAAACUCUGCCAGGCCCUGGACAUCCAGCGGCGCUUCGACCGCCGUGACCUGGCCACCGACGCCCAGGUGUGGCUGGAGGACUCCGAAACACCUGGAACACCUGGAACCGGAGUGGUGGUUUCAGCACCGCGGAUCGGAAUCGACUCUCACGGCGAAUGGGCCACGAAACCGCUGCGGUUCUACCUGCAUAGAAACACCUGCGUCAGCGUCGUCAACAGAGACGCAGAGAACAGACUACAGGUAACGGACAGGUGCGCUCAGAACAGGACAGGUACACAGACAGCAGGACACCUGAAACCUUCAUGAUCCCUCAUGACUGGAUGUUAAAUUUCUAAUCGUUAUUAAACAAAAAGGCACCUGUGAGAAAGCCUUAAUGUUUUGAAAUAAUAUUACAAAAUAGAAUAUUGCAAUAAAAGAGUUUUUUAAUGGUAAUUAACUUGGUUAUAAAUACUUUAAGUACUGUUUAAUACUGUUAUUCAGCCACGAAAGUCGGAUACAUAUUAGAUUCUAUCGUAUCUGUACCACAUAUUGAAGUGGCAAUGGAAUAUAUCAGAUACAGUCAGUGUGUGUUUGCUGUUCACAUUACCACACCUGUAUCAUAAAUGAUGUAAAUGAUCAUAUUUGGGCCACUUUUACCUGCAGUGUGAAUGUAACCUUAGUAAACACAGUGGAUACAAUGAUAUCUUGAUCAUUAAAAAAUAUUGAGGUAAAUAUGUAAAUAUAUUGUAUGAUAAAUCAAAAACAUAAUUAUUGAGACAGGCCUACCUGUACCAGGACUUUUCUGUAGAAUUCACUUAAUUAAAAAAAUUUAAAGUGCUUUUUUAAUAAACAUACAUGUUGGA